AUGGCGAAUCAAGCUUCACAAAAGCAUUUAGAAUUUGAGAAACAAAGCUUCAGAAACCCUUCAUAUUUCAAUUUUGACCAUUAUUCAGGCCAGCAACUACCAACCUACCCAUCUUCCUUUAAAAAUGCUUUCUCCCUUUUGUCACUAUGCUGGCAUCAAAGACCACCAUUUCUACGGGCUCCAUUGUUAAAGAAGUUCUCGCAAAUGUCAUUUUGUUCUCUGAGCCAUGAGAAGCGAAAGGAAUGCUACUGUGGGUAUGACGUCACUGUUCAACGUGGUUGGACUACUAACAAUCCUAGUCGAAGGUUUGUUGCUUGCCCCGAUUACGAUGUGCACAACAAUACCAUGGGUUGCAACUAUUUUCGGUGGGUGGACGACAACAUGACUGAUUGGCAGAAAGAUGUGAUCUUGAAGCUAAUUGAAGAAAGGAGCAAGCUUCAAAGGGAGGGUGAAAUUUUUCAAAGAAAGUUAGAAUUGGCGAACAAGAAGAUUCGGAAAACAACAUCUGAUAGAAUAAUGAUGAAGAUGCUUUACCCACAAAGGGUUUGGAGAUGUGGAUUGAUUAUGAACUGUAUUGUUGUAGUUCUUGUUCUUAGUUGGCUAAUUAGUUACUUUAUUUAGGAAUGGUGAUUGAAUAGCACUAUAAUGUAUGCAAUGUUUUGUGUAAUCAAAAACGUUUUAUGUAUGCGUUUUUUUGUAUUCGCAGGGCUAUUUGGAUAGUCUUGGUCAUUUAUAACUGUUGAUGCUUAAGAGAAAUUUGAUGCUGAAGCUUGAGACAAAUUAGUGCUACCCUACAUAAGCAUAGUAUUAUGUCAGCAUCCAUUAAAUUAGUCACAGUUGGAUACACAUAUACAUAUACUAAGAUGUUUUACCUAUGUUGAAGUUUGA